GUCACAUACAGCUGUCAGCUUUGUUUUCACUUAAAAAAGUUCAGCCGGCUCUUUGUCAAAUUCUGACUUAAAACACCUCCUAGUAGUACGUGAUUGCUUUGACUGCAAAAAACAAUAUGUCAUUCGUAGGACGCACUCUGAUUCGUAACGUACCGCUCUUUGGCAAGGCCAUCCUGAGUCAGCAAAAACAAUUUGCCGCCCGUCUCCUGCAUCAGACCGCUCCUCUUGCCGCAGUCCGCAUCCAGCAGCCCGCUCCCGAUUUUAAGGGUUUGGCGGUGGUGGGUAACAACUUCCAGGAGGUGAAGCUUGAGGACUACAGGGGCAAGUACCUGGUGCUGUUCUUCUAUCCUCUGGACUUCACAUUCGUUUGCCCCACGGAAAUCGUAGCAUUUAGCGAGCGGAUCAAGGAGUUCCAUGACAUCAACGCCGAGGUUUUGGGUGUUUCCGUGGACUCUCACUUCAGCCAUCUAACCUGGUGCAAUGUGGACCGCAAGAACGGCGGAGUGGGGCAGCUGAGCUAUCCCCUCCUUUCCGAUUUGACCAAGAAGAUCUCCGCUGAUUAUGAUGUGCUGCUGGACAAGGAAGGCAUCUCACUGCGUGGUACCUUUAUCAUCGAUCCCAACGGCAUUCUGCGCCAGUACUCUAUUAAUGAUCUGCCCGUCGGUCGAUCAGUUGACGAGGUGUUGCGCCUGAUCAAGGCCUUCCAGUUCGUCGAGCAGCACGGAGAGGUGUGCCCGGCCAACUGGAACCCCAAGUCAAACCCGGCCACCAUUAAGCCCGAUGUGGAGGAGUCCAAGAAGUACUUUAACAAGCACGGCUAAGCUGUUAUUCAAUUUCUUACACACCUGAAACAUUCACUACCCAAAAGACUCGAAGAAUAAAGUGGAAAAGAUUGGAAA